AUCAUCCUCUGCCUUCUCCACCACCUUCGUAUCCUUCACCACCACCUCCUAUUUACCAACCUCCACCUUCUCCGUCCCCAUCCCCCUCCACCUCCAACUUAUCAUCCUCCGCCUUCUCCAUCACCUUCAUAUCCUUCACCACCACCUCCUAUUUACCAGCCUCCACCUUCUCUGUCACCAUCACCCCCUCCCCCUCCUACUUAUCAACCUCCACCUUCUCCGUCCCCAUCACCCCCUUCCCGUCCUACCUAUCAACCUCCACCUUCUCCACCAGCAUCACCCCCUCCGCCUCCAACUUAUCAUCCUCCGCCUUCUCCACCACCUUCAUAUCCUUCACCGCCACCUCCUAUUUACCAACCUCCACCUUCUCCUUCACCAUCACCCCCUCCCCCUCCUACUUCUGAACCUCCACCUUCUCCACCACCCAUAUAUCCUUCAAGAUUUCCGCCCAUCCAAAGGCUUCCUUCUCCUCGACACCGAACACCGGUGCACAGACCACUGCAUCCAAAACAUAGGCAUCCGGUGUCUCCACCAACACACAUAUACCCAUCACCCCAUCCACCUACAAGGACUCGACCAUCUCGAAGACCACCACCAACUUAUCAACCACCGCCAGUGUCAACGCGGCCAUCACCAACACAGAGGCCUCCAACGUAUCCAGUGCCACCUACACCAACUUAUCCACAGCCACCAUUACUUCCUACUCCAUCUUAUGGACCUGUGUACCCAUCACCACCAAAGGCCUCCAUCCAGUUCCUCCGCCCAUAAUGGAGAUGCGUUCCAGCCAGCUAAUGUGCAGGACUAAUGUUUAACAUCUCCUCUUGACUGGUAAACAUCAAGUGGAGCUUAUCUACUCAUCAGACCUAGGCAGCCUGCAUGUUCUUUCUUAUGCUGUGUAUAUCAUCAGAAUGAAGCUUGUUGUACCAACUGCUGUCCUAGUAAAUAAAGUCCACCUGUUUGGGAUAA